AUGUGCCAUGAGGAAGCUCUUCUUCUCCGAGUUGACCUCCUGCAAGGAGACCAAGCUCCAGUCCGCCACCCACUCAUGGCUGCCCAUGGACAAAGGGAAGCUCUCCAAGUUCACUGGCCACUCCAGCUCCUCCUCCUCAGAGAAUCUCUGAUGAAAAUGCCGGAGCCGCCGGUCCUCCCGCACUUCAAGCCCGCUGACUACGUCGACAUACUGGCCCAGAUUCACGAGGAGCUGGAGUACUGCCCUCCCGAUGAGAAGUCGUGCCUGUACCUGCUCCAGUUCCAGGUUUUCCGCGGGCUGGGUGAGGCCAAGCUGUCGCGAAGGAGCCUCCAGGCUGCCUGGGAGAAGGCGAGCACGAUACACGAGAAGCUCAUAUUUGGGGCAUGGCUCAAGUACGAGAAGAGAGGAGAGGAGCCGAUAUUGGACCUUCUUGGCUCGUGCGGCAAGUGCUCUCAAGAGUUCAAGCUGCUGGAUUUCGUCUCGCAGAUCUCCGCCGAGUCGCAUGGGAUAAGCUAUGACGAUGAAUCUGAUGAGUUCCAGGGCUCCCCUGUGGUUCAUUUCCGGAUAAGGGAUGACAUGAUUGCAUGCGAUAGGCGGAAGCUGGCGGCCUUGUCAACUCCACUGUAUGCGAUGCUUAACGGUGGGUUUAAGGAGUCGCAUCUUGAAGUCAUUGACAUGUCUCGGAAUGGCAUCUCGCCUAUUGGUAUGCGGGCCAUCAGUAAAUUCAGCCUAUCAGGAAGACUACCGUAUUUGUCAGCAGAAUCUAUUUUGGAGAUGCUUGAUUUUGCUAACAAAUUCUGCUGCAAGGGCCUCAAGGAUGCUUGCGAGCAAAAACUUGCUUCUUUUGUUUCUUCCAGGCAAGAUGCCAUAGAUUACAUGGAGUGUGCUAUUGAGCUGGGCUGUUCCAUACUUGCCGCGUCAUGCUUGCAGGUGCUCCUGAAUGAGCUUCCAGAAUGCUUGAAUGAUGAGCAAGUGGUUAGGAUAUUCUCCUCCGCGAAUAAGCAGCAGAGAUCCACUAUGGCUGGCAAUGCAUCUUUCUCCCUAUAUUGCCUUCUUGGUGAAGUCUCCAUGAGCAUCAGUGCAACAUCAGAUGUCACUGUAAGCUUCUUGGAGAAGCUGGUUGACUCAGCAUCAGAUUCUAGACAGAAGCAGUUGGCCUUGCAUCAAUUGGCUUGCGUGAGGCUGCUAAGGAAAGAUCAUGCUGAGGCUGAGCGCCUGUUCAAUGCCGCCUUUACCGCUGGUCAUGUCUACUCGGUAGUGGGCUUGGCUAGAUUGGCCUCUCUGAGGAGUAAUAAACAUUAUUCUCUCAACUUGCUUGACUCUGUCAUGUCAUCUCGGUGGCCUCUUGGGUGGAUGUAUCAAGAGAGAGCCCUAUAUCUGGACGGUGACAGCAAGUUGGAGAAUCUCAAUAAGGCUACUGAACUGGAUCCUACCCUUACAUACCCCUAUAUGUUUCGAGCUGCAUCAUUGAUGAAAAGGCAAAGUGUUGAAGCUGCCCUGAUGGAGAUUAACCGGAUCCUGGGGUUCAAGCUGGUCCUGGAAUGCUUAGAGCUAAGGUUCUGUUGCUACCUUGCUCUAGAGGACUACAGAGCUGCCUUAUGCGAUGUACAGGCAAUCCUCACGCUUGCUCCAGAUUAUCGUAUGAUUGGUGGUCGGGUGGCUGCGAAGCAGCUGCGUACGCUUGUAAUGGAGAAUGUAGAGCAAUGGACGACUGCUGAUUGCUGGAUGCAGCUUUAUGAUCGGUGGUCCUCUGUGGAUGAUAUUGGAUCCCUCUCGGUCAUAUAUCAAAUGCUGGAGUCAGAUGCUGCUAAGGGAGUACUGUACUUCAGACAAUCUUUGCUGCUUCUCAGAUUAAAUUGUCCCGAGGCUGCAAUGCGCAGCUUGCAGCUUGCUCGUGAGCAUGCGGCAAGCCAACAUGAACGACUUGUUUACGAAGGAUGGAUACUGUAUGAUACUGGCCACUGCGAGGAAGGAUUACAGAAAGCGGAAGCAUCGAUUGCCAUACAGAGAUCAUUUGAGGCCUUCUUUCUAAAAGCUUAUGCUUUAGCUGAUUCGAGUCUUGAGGCGUCAACCUCAGCAACAGUCGUAUCGCUUCUUGAAGAUGCAUUACGGUGUCCCUCAGAUAGACUUAGGAAGGGCCAGGCUUUGAAUAACCUUGGGAGUGUUUAUGUGGAUUGCGGGAAUCUGGACUUGGCAGCUGAAUGCUACAUUAACGCUUUAAAGAUUGGCCACACGAGAGCUCAUCAAGGCCUUGCCAGGGUUCAUUUCCUUAGGAAUAACAGGACCGGUGCAUUCGAGGAAAUGACCAAGCUGAUAGAGAAGGCCAGGAGCAAUGCAUCAGCGUACGAGAAGAGGUCUGAGUAUUGUGACCGGGAUCUAACUAAAGCUGAUCUGCAGAUGGUCACCAAACUUGACCCCCUCCGGGUCUACCCCUACAGAUACCGUGCUGCUGUUCUGAUGGACAACCACAAGGAGAAAGAUGCCAUCUCAGAGCUGACUAAGGCAAUUGCCUUUAAGGCGGACCUGAACCUGCUCCAUCUGCGUGCGGCCUUCCACGAGCACGUGGGUGACAUCUCAGGCGCCCUCCGGGACUGCCGCGCAGCACUUUCCGUGGACCCCAACCACCAGGAAAUGCUCGAGCUUCAUCAUCGGGUGAACAGCCAAGAACCCUGA